CGCCGCCCUUGCAGUCCCGCUUCCCGGCGCCAGGGGUCGCUGCCGGGAAGGAGGGAGGGAGGCAGGGACCGACGCCCCAAAGAGCCCCGCCGCCAGAGAAAGGGAGAGAGAGCCAGGCGCCGCCGCCGCCGGAGGGAGGACUCCCGCCCAUUCACCCAGCCACCACUGGGUGCCAGCCAUGGACGACAUCUUCACCCAGUGCCGGGAGGGCAACGCCGUGGCCGUGCGCCUUUGGCUGGACAACACAGAGAAUGACCUGAAUCAGGGGGAUGACCAUGGCUUCAGCCCUCUCCACUGGGCCUGCCGAGAGGGUCGCUCCAGCGUGGUGGACAUGCUGGUCAUGCGUGGUGCCCGCAUCAACGUCAUGAACCGGGGGGACGACACCCCUUUGCACCUGGCCGCCAGCCACGGUCACCGAGACAUUGUCCAGAAGUUAAUCCAGUUCAAGGCCGACAUCAAUGCUGUCAAUGAACACGGGAACAGCCCCCUCCACUAUGCUUGUUUCUGGGGGCAGGAACAAGUGGCCGAGGACCUGGUGAUGGCUGGAGGUCUGGUCAGCAUCUGCAAUAAGUAUGGGGAGACCCCGUUGGACAAGGCCAAGCCCCCCCUGCGGGACCUACUAAAAGAGCGUGCAGAGAAGCUGGGCCAAAGCCUCACCCGCAUCCCUUACAAGGACACCUUCUGGAAGGGGACCACCCGGACACGGCCCCGGAACGGGACGUUGAACAAGCUGGCGGGAAUCGACUUCCGGCAACUAAGCCUGGGCCACAAGCUCAACGAGAAUCAGUCCGGAGAGCUCUGGAAGGGGCGCUGGCAGGGUAACGACAUUGUCAUCAAGGUCCUCAGGAUCCGAGACUGGUCCACUCGAAAGAGCCGUGACUUCAACGAGGAGUACCCCAAGCUCAGGAUAUUCUCUCACCCCAAUGUGCUGCCAGUCCUGGGUGCCUGCCAGUCACCACCUGCACCCCACCCCAUCAUCAUCACCCACUGGAUGCCCUACGGGUCGCUCUACAAUGUCCUCCAUGAGGGCACCAACUUUGUGGUGGAUCAGAGCCAGGCAGUGAAGUUUGCACUGGACGUUGCGCGUGGCAUGGCCUUCCUCCAUACCCUAGAGCCCCUCAUCCCCCGCCAUGCCCUCAACAGCCGCAGCAUCAUGAUAGAUGAAGACAUGACGGCCCGGAUCAGCAUGGCUGACGUCAAGUUCUCCUUCCAGUGCCCUGGCAGGAUGUAUGCCCCAGCCUGGGUGGCACCUGAGGCCUUGCAGAAGAAGGCGGAGGAGAUCAACCGGCGUUCAGCGGACAUGUGGAGCUUUGCGGUGCUGCUGUGGGAGCUGGUGACAAGGGAGGUCCCCUUCGCUGACCUCUCCAACAUGGAGAUUGGCAUGAAGGUGGCCCUGGAGGGGCUGCGGCCCACCAUUCCACCGGGCAUCUCCCCUCACAUCUGCAAGCUGAUGAAGAUCUGCAUGAAUGAAGACCCUGCCAAGCGCCCAAAAUUUGAUAUGAUCGUCCCCAUCUUGGAGAAGAUGCAGGAGAAGUGAGGGGGGCGUUGGGAAGGGGUUGCCACACAUGCCACCCCUCCCUACCCACAGAGCUGCCCCAAGUGCCUUUUGGGAGGUGCUCUGGACGGGAUGGAAGCGCCAAAACGGUACAGAUGAACCUGCCACCGCCUGGACCCCCCCCCUCCCUGGGCAGAGGGAUUCAUGGAGGGGAUGGGACUGCAAACUGCCUUGGCCUUUUUAACGCCUCCCCCCCUGUGCUGCCUUUAACAGACCCCCCUAUAACCACCAGAACUCCAUUUGUAAGCUGCCCCCUUGCAUUCUGCCAGUGCACGCCGCCUUGCUCCUCCACCGUUGUUUUUACUCUUUUCUACGCAGCCCCCAAGGGGGCACCCAAUAAAAGCCCUUGUGAUAUUGAAAA